AUGUCAACCACUAAGAAAAUAUCCGCUCAAGAAUUCAAACGAUGGCUUGAUGCCGCCUUCAUUGGCAGCCCCGCUGACGCACGUUCUCACUGCGAGCAAACAAUGAGCCCGAACUACCUCCGUUUCCAAGCUGGCGGUGACAGAACCGAUUUCGAGCGCGCUGUAGAGAAAGUCGCAUUCUUUCGGGCGAACAGCACGAAGUGGGAGAGUAGAGUGUAUUUCUUCUCGCAGGAUGAGAAUAAGAUUGCUGCGCGACUGGUUUGCAAUAUUGCCAUUGGGGAUCAGCCAGAAAAGUGCAUGGAGUUGAUGUUUAUGGCAGAACUCGAUGAUAAGGGUCGGUUCGAGUCGGUCUGGGAACAGUCUGCUGAGUAUUCAGGAGUGAUUUAG